AUGCUACGAAUAUCCCACCGAUGUCCAUUGUGGGAUCCCGGCGCCCUCGCAAAGGCAUUCAACCUGCCAUGGCAGCCUUCACGUACGGCGGCAACGCUACGGACGCGCAGACCGUCUCGAAUGACCCUUUCGGAGCGAGUGGCUAAAGGACCAGCCUCAGCGGAUAGCGGAGGCAGAGCAGUGAAGAAGUCCAGGAAUACUCCCUUUGGUGGCAUGAAUGUGACCGAGGCACCACGGCAGUUGCAGUAUGAGCUUGGAAGGAACAAGAUCUCGGCCGCGGAGCGCAAACGCCAAACGAGAAUGAAGCCCGGGAAGGACAAGGAGCAGAAGACGAAAGAUCCUAUGAAAGCGUUGAAGAUGCAGCGUCGAUUGACAAGCGUCUCCUACGAGAAGCGCAACAGGAUUAAACAAGAGCUCACGAGCCGCGAUAGCUUUGAUGAAUUCGAUCUGCUUCCGUCCAUCCUCACUUCCAUCUCUUCACAGGCUUUGGGUGGAUUGGUGGACGUGUCUCCUACUCCGAUCCAAAGGCUUGCGAUACCAGUGCUGCGAGGAACCGAGGAUGGCAAGAGACGGAAGAAGAAGGGCAAAGUUGUAGUUGAGAAGCCGAAGGAGAUGGCGCAGUUCUUGUUGGCCGCAGAGACAGGGUCAGGAAAGACCUUGGCAUACGUGCUUCCCAUCAUUGAUGCGAUCAAGCGUGCGGAAAUGGCCGAGAAGGAGCAAGAAGCAGCUGAAGAAGCGGAAAAGGAGGCCGAUAAAACCCGAUUUGGAAAGACAUUUGAAUUGGAGUCUCCUGAGGUCAAUGAGCCGCACUCGUCUGCUGGCCGCCCAAGAGCGAUCAUCCUGCUUCCCACCGCUGAGUUGGUCGCUCAGGUUGGCGCGCUGGUUAAAAGCCUGUCCCACACGGUCAAGUUUCGCUCUGCCAUGAUCAGCGCCGCCUUCUCGGGCACCAUCAUUCGCAACCGACUGUUUUCUCCGGGGGGCAUCGACGUUGUCAUCUCCACGCCGCACUUGCUGAGCAGCAUCACUGAGAGCGACCCAAACAUACUUUCGCGCGUCACCCAUCUCGUCAUCGAUGAAGCCGACAGCUUGUUAGACAGAUCCUUCAGCCCAAUCACUUCUGCAAUCAUCGACCGCGCAACGCCUUCUCUGGAACAACUUAUCCUGUGCUCUGCAACCAUUCCCCGUAGCCUAGAUUCUUACUUGAACAAGCGAUACCCCGAGACUAAACGCCUUGCAACGCCAAAUCUGCACGCUAUUCCUCGUCGUGUACAGCUAAGCGUUGUUGACAUCGAAAAGAUUCCCUACCAAGGAAACCGCGACCUAGCCUGUGCGCAAACCAUCUGGGAUAUCGGCAAGGAAGCCGCGACGGACGGCGAAGACCUUGAGAAGAAAAUCGUCGUAUUUGUCAACGAACGCGAGAAGACCAUUGAGCUGGCCAACUACCUCCAUUCAAAAGGCAUCAGCGCCAACGCGUUGUCAAGAGAUAGUGACGACCGCAAGCAGGCAGAGACUCUGGCUGCCUUCACUACGGGUAAGCUGGCGAAGGACAACAACGAAAACAAGAAGAGCGACAAACGUGAGCGCCCAGAACCUUUCCCUUUCGCGAUCAGUCCCAGCGAGCUCGGCGAGACUCCACGCCAACCUGCCCGCCGCCUUCAAAACACUAGAGUCCUCGUCAUGACAGACAUUGGCUCUCGCGGUAUCGACACUCUUCUCGUCAAACAUGUCAUUCUGUACGAUGUACCCCACACGAGUAUCGAUUUCAUCCAUCGUCUUGGCCGUGUUGGCCGUAUGGGCAGGAGAGGACGAGGAAUCGUACUUGUGGGCAAGAACGAUCGCAAAGACGUUGUGAAGGAAGUGCGAGAGGGAAUGUUUAAAGGACAAGCCCUUAUCUGA